AGACACUCGUGACACGGUGACGGACCACCGGACGGGAGGCUUCCAAUUACGAAGCAUUGGUCUAUUGCAAGUGAUAUAAGUUUAGAUCACUCCUUUUUUUUUUCAUUUCUUUUCUAACGCGUAAUCUCGAUCACAAGUUUAUCCUUGGACAGACAGCGGGAUAUGAGCUACACCGAACCGUUGUGGGAGAUAAAUGGAAAUCAAGCACCAGUAAUCACACAGGAAAUGUCACAAUACGUCGGUAGCGAACUUGGAAGCUAUCCGAUGUGGGACAGUUCCGUUUUAUAUCAGCCACCACCGGCUACACAUUCUCACGUCAACGAACACGGUUUGUACAGACAGCCCUGUGCUUUAUUACAUCAAAGUCGUUAUACGCAAAAUGGCCGAUCACCAAAUCUUCCCUCAUCUACUACAAAAAAACCAAGACGUAGGGUGGCCACAGUUUCUCAAAGAAGAGCCGCUAAUAUUCGUGAAAGACGUAGAAUGUUCAACUUGAACGAAGCUUUCGACAAAUUACGAAGAAAGGUGCCAACGUUCGCUUACGAGAAACGUUUAUCAAGAAUCGAGACACUUCGUUUGGCUAUCACUUACAUAGCAUUCAUGGGAGAAUUAUUAGGAAUCGAGUCUAGCAGCCCAAAACCAGAAUAUAUACCACGUGAAUAUUACUUGCCUAAUUAA